AUGUUGCCGAUUUGCCCCAAGGUGAACCACCUGCUCUACACGAUAGCCAAGUGCUUGCCGGUCAUCUGCGAGGCGCAGAAGUGCACCUGCUUCCUCGUGGACGACGACAAGGACCAGCUGUGGGUAGUCCAGGGGGAGGUCAACAUGAGGGUGCCCAAGAACAAGGGUAUCGCGGGCGCGGUCGCCACCUCGGGGCACGCGGAGAACAUUUCCGACGUGUAUGCCGAUCCGCGUUUCAACAAGGAGGUGGACUUGGAAACGGGGUUCCAGACGCACUCCAUCCUCGCCAUGCCCGUAAGGGGAGGGGAGGAAAACAAGGUGAUUGCAGUGGUGCAGUUGAUCAACAAGCAGGGGAGGAUGCAUGAAAGCGGCCGUCGCGACUCUUGCACCGGCAUGCACUUCACUCCUCAAGAUAUGGCCAUCAUCGGAGCCUUCCUGUCUCUGCUCGGCCCCCGCAUCUUCGAGUCCAGCAUGCUGCAGCCGAAGCGCAAAAUGCACAUCAAGGUGUGUUGCUUUUUGUUGUAAAGAGUGUGAAAUGUAUGUCCCCCUCCUCGCCUGUCCUCAAGUUAGCAUCCAAUCAGGUACCGAGGAAAUUACUCCGAUCCCAUAUGUAUGCCGACUCCCGCUCAAAUGUUAUCCUCUCCAUUCUCAGUACGUGCCACCGAUGUUCAAGGUUGACAGCGAUUGGUUUAAUUCCAUCGCCGUACCCGCAGCUUGUUGUUUGUAACCACCUGUGAAGGGGCAGAAAACUGCGGAUUCAUUGUGUGGGGGGCGCUCAUUAGCAAAAUUACCAUUAUGUGUUACUGUGGAGAACACCUUCAUAAAGGUUGAAACUCCCCAACGUCAGUCGGGGACGAAACCCCUUUUCCACAAUGGCGUCGACGAAGAGAUGUCAGGUGUCUGCUUUUGGCUGCAAAGGACACGGGUCUAAAACCCGCUGCUCACCUAAUUUUCUUCCGGAGUACGGAAAAAGAAAAACGGUGGGUGGGCCAAGAAACGAUGCACUGUCUAUCGAACUCGAAACUUCUGGCAAUGCGUGGCGGAAGCGGCGCACCCGCACACCCGCACAGAAGAUUGUUGGAAAAAUUGGGGGUUCUACUCGCCGCCAGCCGGUCGGGUUCCGGUUACCCCAAGAAGACUUCUCUUGCCUAGCAAACAAGAAGAAGCCUCGAAAAAGGGGGGGGUAAUGUGGAGAACACCUUCA